CAAUGAGCUGUUGGAGGAGAUCACAUAUAACUUAUGACAUAAUCGAUGAUACCCAACAAGAAGUGAAGUUUCUUGCGUGCAUGCCGAAAACUCUUCACAGAACUACAACUGAAUGCCAAUAAAGCGCCCAAAGUGUGACUAGCACCAUAACUCAGAAGAGAUUUCUUGUUUUCUCAACCAUAUCCAAAGAUCAAGUUCAUUCUCCAUCUCGCUCCCUGUUCAUCCUAGGGAAUCCAUAAAUAUCAACCUCCUAGACAACAGCUGAAACAGGAGAGAAACAAAUCCAGUUAGACAUUGCACUUUCACCAUAAAGAAGGGUUAAGACUCCUCGCCAUCUUUGCCUUCUUAGUUGUAGCAUUUCCUCGGAGAAUCACAAAAAGAAAGAGCCAUGGUGAUGGAGCAGAAGCAACAAAACCUGGAGUGGGCUGAAGCACAGCAGAUAGUCACAAGCACAGACCUCGUGGCGGGUGCUAAGCAACAACUAAAGUUUCUAGCAGCAGUAGAUAGGAAUCGGCAUCUCUACGGCGGCCCAGUGUUGGACCAUGCCAUUUGUCGAUACAAGCAUUGCUGGCUUCCCCUGCUCGCCAAGCACUUAGAUUCUCCGAUUUCUGAAGGACCCCUGGUGGUGCCUUUUGACUGCGAAUGGAUAUGGCACUGUCAUAGGCUUAACCCGGUGCAGUAUAAGAUCGACUGUCGGGAAUUGUAUGGGAGCAUUUUGGACAACUGGAAUGUUUUAUCUUCUGUCCAAGGAACCUGCGCUAAACAAACUGAAGCAAUCUGGAACAGAAUGUAUCCAAGUGAACCUUAUGAACUCAACAUUAAUGGCAACCUGUCAAAGAGUGGAGCUGGAAAUACCAUGGGAGCUCCAAGAGACAGUGAUUAUGACUUAGUUGCAGCUGUCAAGAGGCAGAGUUCUUUCUUUUACCAGGUGUCCCGUCCCUAUAUGAACGACGAUGUACUUCUUAAAGAAGCCGUGGCCAGAUACAAGGCUUUUCUCUAUCUGAUCAAGAGAAACAGAGAAAAGGCAAACGAAUGCUUUUGUGUCCCGACAUACGACAUUGACCUCAUCUGGCACGCUCACCAGUUAAACCCCGCUUCAUACUGUAGAGAUACAGUGGCAAUCAUCGGGAAGGUGUUAGGACAUGAUGAUACUGAUUCUAAUCGAACUGAGGGUGGGAAGCUCAAUGCGGGGUUUUUGCAAACCACAAAGUUGUGGGAAGAGACAUUUGGUAUGAGCUAUUGGAAGGCAGGAGCAAUGCAUAGAGGCAGCGCUCCAUCUCCACCGACAAUAACUCCUACUCAGCUGAAUACAGUGGCCAAGAAGGCGGUUUCAUCCGGCGGGAUUCAGAAUACCAUUCUACUUCCCCAAAAAAAGCUAGUAGAGGUCAUGGUGGAGAUUGCAGCAAUCAAAGACUUACCAGUUAGGCAUCAAGGCAAUCUCUUUGUAACCUUAAGAAAAGCUGAGCCAGAUGUGCACUUCAACACUAAAACAAGACUAAGCAUACAGUCUGAAUCAGGGUACAAACAGGUCGCUAGCUUUCACUGUGAACUUGAAGGAGAGCUCGUUUUUGAACUCAUGCGUUAUACAACUUACACUAAAUCAGAAACACUGCUGGGGAGAACUUCUGUCUCUUUGACCAAACUGUUGGAGCCUGGAUCUCCCCUCUGGAUGGACGAUUGGUUUGAGCUCCUAACAGACUCGGAGAAUUUGGAUUCCAGCCCCAUCAGCAUCCGUAUCGCCAUGUCUUUCACUCCUCCGGUUCCAAUGGAAUACAUGUUACAAAUGAUUCCUGCCUAUCCAUCAAUGAAAAGUGCUCGCUUCCUGCCACUUCUCAGGAGGACUAAUCUUGACAGAAGCUGGACAGUUAUCCUACAAGAGGAAGGCAAGGAAAUCAUCAACAUGCAGAUGAGGGAUUCCAAAGUAGUUGUGGCAGACAAAAAUCGGCUUCCAAGAGAGCUGAUUAGAACAGCAGGAGAUGGGAAAGCAUAUCUACUUGCAGAAUUACAAGGAACAGGAUGGUCUCUGAUGAACUCAAAAUGGUUCUUUUGCCUAGAAAGAGAUUCCUCAGGAGACAGCCAUGUUUUUAAGCUCACGGGUGAUAGACAAGUCAUUAUAUAUCCUGGGAAAAAGCUAGAAUAUGAGGUUAGGAACUGUUGUGAGAAGGAAGAUGAACAAGGAUUCAUGACAGCAGUGGAAUAUUCAGAAGCAUAUCCCUAUGGGAAGUUGGUGGCAUUGCUCAAUUUGAAAUGUGGCAUAGUGAAGGUGAAAGAAGAUUGGAUGGUACUGCCCGCAGUAAUAUCAGCAUUCAUACUGUCAAAUAUGCUGCAACACAAUAUGAAGAACAAAGAUAAUGGGGAAUGGAUGGAUGAUGCUCUGGAUACAAGUGUUUGCAACAAGGAAGAAAACAGAAAAGAGGCGGAAGGCAAAUAUUCGAGCGACGUUUAUGCAGAUAAUUACCAAUUUUUGGCGACCCCCAUCAUGUUUUCAAAUUGUGUCGAUGCAGUUGAUGUGCAGGAACGAAUAGAAACACGAGUGAGUUUUAGUGGCAGCAAUGAAGGUGGCCCUGGUGCAAAUAACCACAAUGGUUCCUCGGCAGAAAUGGUGGCUGGUGGUGCAUGCAGCAGUUGCGGUGGCGGUUGUAGCGGCGGUUGCAGUGGCUGCAGAGGGGGGAGCUGCAGGGGAGGUGGCUGUGGUGGAGGCGGCGGUUGCAGCAGCCGUUGCAGUGGAGGUCGCUAGAAGGGAUAUAUGAUUGAUGUUGAAGUCUAAACUAAUAGUAUGUCAUGUCAAUUUCUGGUCCUGGCAGUGCAUAUUACUCAGCCUGAAUUAUAUAGUUCGUUUCGAGUAUUGAGACAUUUUCAAACAUGAUAAUAAUGUUACUGGUGUUGCA